GCUGCUGCUAUUCAUGAUAGGCGCAGAGCUACGACCUUUGAUAAACGGAAUAAUUAUGUAUUUUUUUUUCGAUACAUACAUAUGACAAAAGCAUGAAGUAUAGCUGCAAUGGAACGCGGUCAGAUUCAUAUGUCAUCGAUCCAGCGCUAGGUAAUAUAAAAGACCCGUCUAAUUCGUUGCGACAUCAGUUCCAACUUCAAUAGAGAUCCGAGCGGUAACAAAAGUUUUAGCUAAACAAAAAUGAGCAGGACCAGCAUUAUCCUUGUUGCGCUGUGCCUUGUUGCCAGCUGCAGUGCUGUCGACGAAUCGGAUGCUGUGAUUACCAAAUAUGGAUCACAGAUUAAUCUGGAUGGCAGCUACAGUUACGAAUAUGGCACCUCAAACAAUAUCCAGGCCCAGGAGGCAGGCGUGGGAGGCUCCUAUGCCGCUGGAUCUGUGCAAUAUACUGCGCCCGAUGGGCAGCCCAUACAACUGCAGUAUACGGCUGAUGAGAAUGGAUAUCAGCCCAGAGGCGAUCAUUUGCCGACGCCGCCACCAAUUCCAGUUUACAUUUUGAGGGCAUUGGAAUACAUUGAGUCCCAUCCCUUCACCAGAGUUCAGCUGAAAAAAUAAGACUAAGAGAAUUUUGUAGCACACCAUGACACCUAGUUUAAGUUAGUAAAUCACAAAUAUAAUGCU